AUGGGCAGGCAGCGGGAGUUGGGUUUCGAGGCUGAUGGCGAGCCAAUCGGGAUUCCCACUGCUCACAUCUGGGGCGCCAACGACAACCUGUACCCCACUUUCGGACCAGGGCUGAGCAAGCUCUGCCGCUCGGAUCUGAGAGACGUUUUCAUCCACGAUGGGGGCCACGAGAUACCGGGGCCCAAAGACCAGCAGGCUGUCUUGGAAGCCGUCCAGAUUAUCAACAGAGCCAUUGAAAGGGCUACUGCACUUCAGUACAUGUAG